GAACCCCGAGCGACCCGGAGAUCGUGGAGCUCGACGACGACGCCGGCGCCGGCCCCGACCCCGACGAGGAUUCCCGGGAAACCCUCCGCUGGACGGUGGUGCAGCAGAUCGAGCCCGGCGGCAGCUCCCCCUCCGCCCCCGCCGGCGCCAAAUCCGGCGCCUCCUCCUCCUCCCUCUCCUCCUCCUCCUCCUCCUCGGCCUUCUCCAGCCUGCGCAGCAUCAUCGUCCUGCAGAAGAGCUACGAGUGCCGGGACUGCGGGAAGAGCUUCAGCUGCAGCUCCCACUUCCACAAGCACCGGCGGACGCACACGGGGGAGCGGCCGUUCCGCUGCCGCCACUGCGGCAAGAGCUUCAACGUCAGCUCCAACCUCUACCGCCACCAGCGCGCCCACGGCGCCGGCCCGGCAACGCCCACACCGGCACCCACACCGACACCGACCCCGAGGGCGCGCGGCCUCGCCUACGAGUGCCAGGAGUGCGGGAAGAGCUUCAACGUCAGCUCCAACCUCCUCCGGCACCGGCGCGUCCACGCCGCCGGCCCGGCGACGCCGACGCCGACACCAACGCCGAGGGCCCGCGGCCUCCCCUACGAGUGCCGGGAGUGCGGGAAGAGCUUCCGGCGCAACAAGGAGCUGGCGACCCACCAGCGGCUGCACACGGGGCGCCCGCCCUUCCAGUGCGGCCACUGCGGGAAGGGCUUCUCCUGGAGCUCCCACUGGGAGCGGCACCAGCGCGUGCACACCGGCGAGAAGCCCUACCAGUGCCCCGAGUGCGGCAAGAGCUUCAGCCGCAGCUCCCACCUCUACCGGCACCAGCGCGGCCACGCCGGCGGCCGCUCCUACAUCUGCACCUACUGCGGGCGCAGCUUCGGCAGCACCCUGCACUUCGAGCGGCACCAGCGCACCCACACGGGCCAGCGGCCCUACAAGUGCACCCUGUGCCGACGCAGCUUCGGCGACGCCCCCGCGCUGGUCAAGCACCAGCGGCUGCACCUGGACGGGCCCUUCCGCUGCGAGGAGUGCGGGAAAGCCUUCGGCGCCCGCGCCCAGUACGCGCGGCACCGCCGCAGCCUCCACGGCGCCGGUGCCGGUGGCGCCGGUGGCGUCGGCGCGGGCGGCGCGGCGGAGAAGCCGUACCGCUGCGGGGACUGCGGGAAGAGCUUCUCCUGGAGCUCCCACUGGGAGAGGCACCAGCGGAUCCACACCGGGGAGAGGCCGUACCAGUGCGGGGACUGCGGGAAGCGCUUCGGCCGCACCUCCCACCUGUACCGGCACCAGCGCACCCACGCCGGCGGCCAGCCCCACGUCUGCGCCGAGUGCGGCAAGAGCUUCAACAGCACCCUCCACUUCCACAAGCACCAGCGCGCCCACGCCGGGCCCCGGCACGGCUGCGCCGACUGCGGGAAGGCCUUCGCCGACGGAUCGGCGCUGGCCAAGCACCGGCGGGCCCACGGCUCGGGGGGAGGAGGAGGAGGAGGAGGGGUGGGGGGGGGAGAAGCCCUUCCCGUGCCCGCGGUGCGGGAGGAGGUUCGGCGGCACCUCCCACCUGCGGCGGCACCUGCGCAGCCACGGCGAGCGGCAGGAGGAGGAGGAGGAGGAGGAGGCCGAGCCGGUGGGCUGAGCGGCUGUUCCGGCGUUCCCGAGGGGCCGCCGGGUGAGCCCGGACCCCCCGUGGGGUCGACCGACGUUCCCGUCGAGUCGGGCGGAGUUCCGGCGUUCCGGAGGGGCCGCCGGAUGAGCCCGGUUCAUUGGGGGUUUUUUUUUGGGAGCCUAACGGGGAUUUUGGGGGGGGUCUCUUCGCAGGGGCAGUUGUGGGGUGACCCCGCCCCUCCUCCCCGGGACCCCCCAAAAUUUGGGGUCACGAUGCAGGAGAACUACGAGAACGUGAUUUCCUUGGCCGAGGAAAUCGCCAUCAGCUGGCCCCGGAUCACGGCCUUCGCCGAGUCCCACCGGAGACGGGGGCUGGUGUCGGGCGUGGAGGCCGAGGGGGAGCAGGGCCAGCCCGAGCCCACCCAGGUGGCCCCCCCGGGGGUCUCGGGCGAUGGGGGGGUGAAUCCCGACCUCCGGAGGCAGCUGGGGCUCAUCCUCCAAACGGCCGGAAGGACCCAGGUGGAAAAGAUGCUCCGGGAGCUCGUCAGGGAACAGGGACAGGGCGGGAAGCGCCGGAACCGGAAGAAGGCGCCCAAGGACGGAGGAGCCGGCGCCGGCAGCGGCGCCGAGGACGAUCCGGCGCCGCGGGACGACGAGGAGCCGCCGCUGGAAGAUGCCGCCCGACAGCAGGACGAGGAACCCGCCGCCGACCCCCCCGGCGCCGGCAAAGCCCCGGGAGGCCGGAAGGCCACCCAGGGCGGCUGCGCCAAGUGCGGGAGCCCGGCCAAGCCCCGGCGCUGCUCCGAGUGCCACCGGCGCCGCCGGCAGCCCGAGAAGCCUCACCGCUGCGGGGACUGCGGGAAGGGCUUCAGCCGAGGCUCCAACCUGGCCCAGCACCGGCGCAUCCACACCGGGGAGCGGCCGCACCGCUGCGGCGACUGCGGCAAGGGCUUCAUCCAGCGCUCCGACCUGGAGCGGCACCGGCGCGUCCACACCGGGGAGCGGCCGUACCCCUGCGGGGACUGCGGGAAGCGCUUCAGCGUCAGCUCCCACCUCGACCGGCACCGCCGGACUCACGCCGGGGGGCCCGGGCCGCCCUCCCAGACCCGCCCGCGGCACCGCCCGGCACCACCACCCGAAGCUCCGGCGACGGCGGCGGCGGCGGCGGCUCCUCCUCACCGCUGCGGGGAGUGCGGGAAGGGCUUCGCCCAGCGCUCGGCGCUGGCCAAGCACCGCAAGACGCACAGCGGGGAGAGGCCCCACCGCUGCGGCGACUGCGGCAAGAGCUUCAGCCGCGGCUCCAACCUCACCCAGCACCGCCGCAUCCACACCGGCGAGCGGCCCUUCGCCUGCGGCGACUGCGGCAAGGGGUUCAUCCAGCGCUCCGACCUGGAGCGGCACCAGCGCGUGCACACCGGCGAGAGGCCCUACAGCUGCGGCGAGUGCGGCAAGAGCUUCAGCGUCAGCUCCCACCUCGACCGGCACCAGAAGAUCCACGCGGCGCAGAGGGCGUCGGCGUCCUCCUCCUGCCGCUGCUGCUGCCCCCCCGAGCACCUCUCUGGUUUCCUGGCCGCCCACCGCCACGGCCGCCUCUUCCAGUGCGCCCAGUGCGGGCGCUGCUUCGGCCAGGGCGCGGCGCUGCUCAAGCACCAGCGCGCCCACGGCGGCGGCGCCGGCACGACGGCGCAACCUCAGAAGUGCCCGGACUGCGGGAAGAGCCGCGGCUGCCGGGGGCAGCGGUGCCCGGACUGCGGGGGGGACGCGGCGGGUCCCGGCGCGGCAUCGGCGGCACCGGCAACGGAGGCGGCGCCGGAGAAACCCUACAAGUGCGGGGAGUGCGGGAAGGGCUUCGGGCAGCGCUCGGCGCUGGUGAAGCACCGGCGCAUCCACACCGGCGAGAAGCCCUACCAGUGCGGGGAGUGCGGCAAGGGCUUCAUCCAGAAGUCCGACCUCACCAUCCACCGGCGGAUGCACACCGGCGAGAAGCCCUACAGGUGCGGCGAGUGCGGCAAGUGCUUCAGCGUCUCCUCCAACCUCAUCACCCACCAGCGCACCCACCUGGGCGAGAAGCCCUACCAGUGCUCCGAGUGCGGCAAGAGCUUCAUCCAGCGCUCCGAGCUCACCAUCCACCAGCGCGUGCACACCGGCGAGAAGCCCUACAAGUGCCCCGAGUGCGGCAAGUGCUUCAGCCGCAGCUCCCACCUCAACCGGCACCAGCGAACCCACGGCGGGGACAAGCCCAAGGCGGUGGUGGCCGCCGGUGGUACUGCCGUGGCCACCGAGGUGCCGCCGCCGCCGCCGGGCUCCGGGGGCUUCCCCGGCGCCGCCUUCCCGUCCCCGGUGGCCUCGCUGGGGUCGUUCCCGGCGUCGCCCUCGGCGCUGCCCGUGCCGGCGCUCUCCGGCCCGGCCCUGGAGCUGCCCUGGGCGCUCUC